AUGAAUCAGAAUUCUUACCUUUAUUAUUUGUUUUUUACAUGGCAUAAUCUUUUGCAGACUAGAAGGGAAAGUGCUUUGAUCAUUGGUGAGGCAAGGGGCAUUGGUGAGUGCAUGGCAAGGCUGUUUUGCAAACAUGAGGCAAAGGAUGUUAAAAAUGCAGUGAACAUGGUUGUAUCCAAGUAUGGAAAGCUAGACAUAAUGAUGAACAAUGUUGCAACAAUAGAUGAUGCUAAACCCAUCAUUCUUGACAACGAUGUGGCUGAAUUGGAACGUGUUGUGAGAGUGAAUCUGAUAGGUCCCUUCUUGGGAACAAAGCAUGCAGCCAGAGUGAUGAUCCCAGCGAGAAAGGGAAGUAUAAUAAGCAUAGGAAGUGUGAGUUCAAGUGUUGGAGGGAUUGCAACUCACGCAUACACAAGCUCUAAACAUGGCAUUGUAGGACUGACAAAGAAUGCAGCUNCUGAACNUGGAAAAUUUAGCAUCAGAGUAAACUGUUUGUCANCCUACUUCAUCAGUAACGUAUCUGGAACAAGGUUCUUNAAACUUUUGAACUAAUGAUUUAAAAAUGGGUCACUCACU